CCCAAGAGCAAGAAGGGCAGCCGCAAGGACGAGGAGCUGGACCCCAUGGACCCCAGCGCUUACUCAGACGCACCCCGGGGGACGUGGUCCACGGGGCUCCCCAAACGCAACGAGGCCAAGACGGGCGCAGACACGACGGCAGCCGGGCCCCUGUUCCAGCAGCGGCCGUACCCCAGCCCCGGCGCCGUGCUCCGCGCCAACGCCGAGGCUUCGCGCGGCAAGGACUGAGACCCCCACAAUCGGGGUCCCCCCGAUCCUCCGGGACCCCCCCAAACUGGCACUGUCUGCUCCAGGAACCUCCAGAGCUCAGGGGAGCCUCUCAGCCCCGAGCCUGGGCGAGCCCCUCGAAUCUCGCUGGGCUCCCUCAAACCCCAGGAACCCCCAAAGUUCAGGGGCUCCCCCGGGGCUCCCCAAGCCUGAGGGGAUUCCCUCAAACCAGGGGGGACCUUUCAACUCUGCCCAACACCAAGGGGUCCCUCAAAUCCCCUGGAACACCCCCAAAACCUCAGAGGAUCCCCCCAAACCCCUCCCAGACUUCCAGGACCUCUCACAUACCCCGAAGUCUCCCUGGGCUCCCUCCUUUUGUUGCAAUAAAGGCGCCACAGCCCACAGAGAGUGGAA